UCAUCAUGAUUUUUCUUACAAUAUUUUUAGUGGGGUGCACCAUGGGACACCAACCAAACACACCCUAAUGAUGCCAACUUUAAUGUAUAUAUAUUCUACCCCAUAAAAACCCCAUAGGUGUACCCUUCUCUUCUCCCCAACCAUUAUAUAUAUCCCUACCCAAAACACCCACUAAUUUAUAGAGUUCAUCACAAAUUUUUGUGCCAAACAUUAUGGCUCUUAUUAGGAUCAACACUUCUACUACUACUACCUUUCUUCUACUUUCCCUCCUUACAAUAUUAUUCCUCAUUACUCUUUCAUCAGUUGAAGGGUUCAAGGUGGCCACUACUACUAAUAUUCCCAUUCAAGCACUUCAAGAGAAGGGUAUUAUUACAAAUACAAAGAUUGGUAGGAAGCUUGCAAUGAUUAAAGUUGAAGCUGUACUUGAUUAUGAUGAUGCUGAACCUAAUCCAAGGCACGACCCUAGAAGGAGAAGAUCAAACCCUUAAUUUAAUUAUUAUUAUUAUUAUUAUUAUAUUAAUAAUACUAUAAAUAUAUAUAUAUAUAUAUGCUAUUAUUAUUAUAUAUUAUUAUAUCUAGACAUGCAUGAACCUAAAAAUCCCACUAGCUCUUUCUCUAUCUCUCUAUUCAGAGGUUUUGGUAUUAUGAUCAAAUAUAUAUGAUGAAGAGAUAUGUUUUAUGUUGUAAUUUCAUCUAAAUUAUAUUAUAGUUUAUUAGGAGUGUUUUUUUA